AUGGAUAUAAAUAAAAAUGAAAUUAAUUUAAACCGUCAAUUUUCUAGACAUGUUCCUGAUGAGUGGGAUUUCUUUGAAAAUUCCCCCGGCGAAAAUAAUUUUUUGGAAAAUAAAUCACAAAUUAGAGGAAUUUUUUUUUUUUUUUUUUUUUUUUUUUUUUUUAUUUUAUUAAUAUUGGAUUUAAUUAUAAUAAUAGGAGAAUUAUAA